AUGCCAUCCUACGGUUCUCUUCAUUCACCGUCAUUGCGCAAAAUGGAACAGUCAAGGGUUCAGUACGGGAGGAAGGGCAUUAAUCUGGGGAACAUUAUCGGUGAUCCCUUCGCCCUAGCCACAGUCUCCAUCUCCAUGCUUGCAUGGAUAAUUGCAUUUAUUAGCGCCAUCAUCGCGACGACCCAGGUCACAGACAACACCGGCUCUUUCCCCCCCUUCACAUGGUGGACCAUUGUCUAUAUGCUGUUCCUCAUCGCCGGCGUCUUCGUUGUCGUCGCUUCCGACACGGCGCAGACCUACCACGUCGCUCUCACGGGGUACUUGGGUGCCGCCCUGGCCCUCAACUCGCUCACCAUUCACUCCCUCAUCUACUCGCCCAUCGCCGCCCGCCAGUCUGCUGGUGCCGGCUUCAUCCUGAUGGCCAUGGUUACCAUUGUUUGGAUCUUUUAUUUUGGCUCCGCCCCGUCAGCGAAGCCGCGCGCCUACCUCGACUCCUUCGCCCUGCAGAAGGAAUCCGGCAACCGACAAAUGAUGUACGCCGGCGGCCGCCCCGAAACCUCGACCUCGGUGCAGCCCCCCCAGAUGUACACGUCGGCGCAGCUCAACGGCUUCGAGAACCCGUCUCCCGUCCAGGGCAUCCCCACCACCCAGACCCGCAGCUCAGGCGUGCCGCCCACGUUCAACGCGGCGCCGCCUGCCGCGAAGCCCCCCGGCCAAGACCAGGAGGUGGUGCCGCCCACCGAGUAUCCCUACCGCGCGAAGGCCAUCUACAGCUACGAGGCCAACCCUGACGAUGCGAACGAGAUCUCCUUCUCCAAGCAUGAAAUCUUGGAGGUUAGCGACGUGAGCGGACGGUGGUGGCAGGCGCGCAAGGAGACGGGCGAGACGGGCAUCGCGCCAAGCAACUACCUGAUCCUGUUAUAA